CUGCCGGCACUCGUAGUCUUUCCCGCCCUUCCUGUGAGCGUCCGCGGGCCCGGUUUCCUGAGGGGAAGGACUACGUUUCCCAUGAUCCAACGGGGGAGGAGAAGGGGCAGACGGGAGCGACUUGGACGGCCGUGAGGGGACAGCGCAGGCUGCCCUCCCCCUUUCCCCGUCACCCUGCGCCGCCGCGGCUUCGUGCUGCCGCGUCGGAUGAGGUAUCAGAAGCACCAGUGGUGCUAGCCUGUGGGAGCCAUGUACAAUGGGAUAGGACUCCCCACUCCCCGGGGCAGUGGCACCAACGGUUACGUGCAGCGCAACCUCUCGGCUGUGCGCCACAAGAAGGAUCGCACUGACUACAAGUCAGAAGAAGAGUUGAGGAAGCUGGAGUCGUCUCUAGUUAAAAAACCCAAUCAGGACAUCCUGGACCACGAGCGCAAGCGGAAAGUUGAGCUGAAAUGCUUAGAACUGGCUGAGCUAAUGGAAGAGCAAGGGUAUGGAGCUGGGGAGAUCCAAGAGAAGGUAGCCACUUUUCGGAUGAUGCUUCUUGAGAAGGAUGUAGCGGUAGUCAAGGAGGGAGAACAGCAGCAGAAGCCAACUGUCACUGAGACCCAUCAGUUGGCUGAGGCCAACGAGAAAAAGAAUGAGAGGCUUCGAGCUGCCUUUGGCAUUAGUGACAACUACGUGGAUGGCAGCUCUUUUGACCCCAACCGCAGGGCCAAGGAGGCGGCAUCAGCUGCUGCAGCCAAGCAACAGCAGGAGCAGCAAAAGCAGUACAGUCUUGUCAAAGAGUCCAGCAGCUCCCGAUCACCGUCUCCAAAACAGAAAAAAAAGAAAAAGAAGAAAGACCGAGGCAGGUCUGAGAGCCGGUCACCUUCUCGAAGGGAGAGGAAGAAAAGUUCAAAGAAAAAGAAACACAGGUCAGAGUCAAAGAAAAGGAAGCACAGGUCGCCAAGUCCUAAGAGCAAACACAAAUCUAAGGACAAGAAACGGAAGAGGUCCACUAGUGAAUCUGCUUCUCAAAAAGGACGUCGGGAUCGUUCUUCUUCGGCACAUCGUUCUUCAUCUUCAGAUGGUUCCCGCAGCAGGUCAGGCAGCGUCUCUACCCAGAAACGAUCUGCCUUAAGACAUCAGAGCAAGUCUCCCUCAACAUCUUCACGGAAACAAGAAGAAAGUGAAGUGGUUUCAAAGAGUCGGCCAGAUAGAGCUCGUUCAUCUUCUUCUGAACCUGCCCGGCGGGGCAGGAGCACAAGUCCUCGAGAAAACAGAGAAAAGCGGGAGAAAACCUCUUCCAAGCAUUCUCCAGUUCGUGAAACCCGUCAACGAUCAGCCAGUCCUUUAUCUCCUGUCAAAGAGAAGGAAAAAGAUAAGGAGAGAAAGUCUUCUCGGCAUGGGGGUCGGAAAUCUACUCCCUCAUUUGAGCAGGAAUCAAGACUCAAGCAUCACUCUCCAGGGCCAAAUGAUCCUCCUCGGGAAAAAGUCUCAGGGCACAAUCGUCCUUCCUCUAAAGAGAGCAAGUCUCCUACCUAUGCCUCUCCACCCCCUAAAAAGCAAGCAGAGGAUCAGAAUGGGACUCUUCCACUAACCAAGUCUAAGAUGUCCCCAGACCAGAAGGAGCAGCCAGUGGCUUCGUCAUCUUCUCCUUCUAAAACCAGGUCAAGGAAAGUCUCCCAUGAAGGUUCUACUUCCAGGCACUCCCAUUCUCCAUCAGAGAGUGGUAGCUGCUCUUCUUCUUCCUCUUCUUCCCCUUCCCCAGCAAGAAAGCCAGCCCCAGUUUCUCGUAGCUCUUCCCCAGUGGAGCCCCCAAAAAGGCAAGACAAAGAGAAGGCCUCUACCCAGAGAGAGCGGUUGAGUUCAUCCCCUGAAGUCUCCCACUCUGGGCAUAAACAAUCCAAGACCACAUCUCGACGUGAACUAUCAGGCUCGCCUCCAUCCAAGAGCACCAGGCCAAGGACCAGCCGCAGAGACAAGUCUCUUUCCCCAACUCCCAUUCCUCGCAGAGGUAGAUCACGGUCUCGCACCCCACCUAAGAGAGGAAGAUCACGCACACCUCCAAGGAGGGGAAGAUCUCGCUCGGUACAGAGACGUGCCCGAUCCCGUUCGCGGACUCCUCUGAGAAGGGCCCGUUCUCGCAGUCCACAAUGGCGUGCUCGGUCAAGAACGCCCCAUCGUUGGGGAAGGUCACGAUCACGCAGUCCUCCCAGAUGGGGACGGUCUCGUACACCUCAGAGGCGUGGCUGGUCUCGUUCUAGAACUCCUCAAAGGCAUGGAUGGUCUAGAAGCAGAAAUAGUGGGAGACGGGGAAGGUCAAGAACCCCACCUAGAAGGGGAAGAUCACGCUCACGUACCCCACCAAGAAGAGGCCGGUCUAGAUCUAGGACUCCGCCCAGACGAGUACGGUCUCGAUCCCGGACUCAGUCUAGAAGAGCCAGGUCUAGAACCAGAACCCCUCCCAGGAGAGGAAGGUCAAGCUCUUCACCGAGGAGAGAGAAAUCUAUGCUUUCAGCAAGACGAAGCAGGUCUGUGUCAUCUCCAGGCCGUAAAGCCUCUAGAAUUUCUUCAAGGAGAAGUCGCUCUGAUUCUUUUUCUAGAAUAAGAGACAGAACCAGAAAACCACUGAGACGAAGUCGUUCAGGAUCAUCUCCUGGACCGAGAAGCAGGUUGCGAGCAUCUCCCAGGCGCAGUCGAUCUGGUUCCGUACCAAAGGCAAAAAAGAAAUCUCAGUUGUCUCCCAGAAGAAGUCGUUCUGGAUCCUCUCCAAGAUCUAGGAAGAAAAAAUCAAGAACACCUCUGAGGCGCAGUCGUUCUACUUCUUCUCCAAGGUUGAAAAAGAAGUCAAGAUUAUCUCCAAGGCGCAGUAGGUCUCGUUCUUUUCCAACCCCAAAGCAGAAAUCUAGAUCACCUGCCCGACGUAGCAGAUCCAGGACUCCUCCAGGACUCAAAAAUAAGUCCAGACCAUCUCCAAGGAGCAGAUCUGGUUCAUCUCCAAGAGUCACAAAGAAGCCUGAUAUUUCAUCUGUGGUUGAAGAGAAGUCUAAGAUACCUUCCAGAAGAAGUCGAUCUGGUUCAUCUCCAGGACAGAGGAAGCAAUCUAAGUCACCUGUGAGAAGCAACAGAUCUGGAUCCUCUUCAGAUAUGGAAGAGAGAUUGCCAAGAAGGCGAAACAGGUCUGAGUGUUCUCCAGAAGCAAAAACGAAGUCAAGAUCAGGAACAUCACCAGGACUGAAGAAAGAGUUAAGUUCACCUCAAAGGCAAAGCCGAUCUAGUUCCUCUCAGUCAUCAAAGGAAAAUUCCUUAUCACCAACACGAACAGCCUCACCAGGAACAAAGUCUACAUCUCCAUUGCAGCGAAGCAGGUCAGGGAGGUCUCUUGCAACAAAGGAAAAACCUCAGUCUCCACACCUAAGGGAGAGUAGAUCACCUCCAGCGUUGAGAGAGAAAUCUCUUUCUCCAAGGCGAACUGCAUCUGGAUCUUCCUUUGAACCGAAAAAGAAACCCACUCCACCAUUGGAGAAAUGCAAACCUGACUCUUCAGAUUUGAAAAAAUCCAGAUCACCUCCAAGACGAAGGAGGUCUGGCUCUUCACCACUGGUAAAAGAACAGUCUAGAUCACCUCCCAGGAGCAAGUCCAGAUAUUCUCCUGAUGCAAAGAAAUCUAAAUCACCUUUGAAGCAGGUGAAAUCUGGCAUUUCACCUUCACCAGUGAAAGAGAAGUCUAUGUCACCUGCCAGGAGAAGUGGAUCAAGAUCAUCUCCUGAACUCAAUGGCAAAUCUAAAUCUCCCCAAAAGCAAAAUAAAUUUCAAGAAGCCAAGGAAAAAUCCAGGUCACCUCCAAGACACAACAAAUCUGGUUCCUUGGCAGUAACAGCAAAAGUUACCUCAACAUGCCAGAAGAGUAAAUCAGGUUCAUCUCUCUCUGGAAAAGAUAAAUCACAGUCUCCCUCAAGGCAAGGCCAGCUGGAAUCACCCUCAGGAUUGAAAAAGCCAGAGAUUACAUUGAGGCGAAGUAGAUCUGGUUCAUCCUCUUCCUCCUCCUCCUCCUCAUCGUCUUCAUCAUCUUCAUCCUCUUCUUCCUCUUCAUCAUCAUCUUCUCCAGAAGAUGACAAAUCUCGAUCACCCCCCAAACUGAGUCGUUCUGCAGCGGUGUCAAUCAACAAAAGUAAAUCUACGCCAUCCCCAGUGCACAGGCAGUCAGAUUCUUCCCCAGAAAUCAAGAAUGGCACAUCAGCAGCAGUUGCAAAGCACACCAAACUUGCAGCUUCUCCAGAAGCAAGAGAAACAUCAAGAAGUCAAGUGAUGGGUCCUAGGUUGCCUUUAGAGAAGAAAGACACAAUGCGGGAUGCACUUCGAAGGAGCAGAUCAGGGUCAUAUACUGAAGUCAAGGAGAAGCCAAGAAGGCAGUCCAGUGACAGCAGUUCAGACUCCUCCCCAGAACGGAAAGAAAAAUCUCUUAGCCGAUCUGUGUCACCAGUGAGACCUGUAAAAUCAAGGACACCCCCAAGAUGCCGAACGUCAAGGUCACCAGUUAGACCUAGAGCAAAAUCCAGAACUCCACCAAGACGUGGCCGGUCUGGAUCACCACCAAGACCAAGAAUAAGGUCCAGAACACCCACAAGACGACGUAGAUCUGGGUCAUCUCCACAGCCGCGACUGAAGUCUAGAACUCCUCCAAGGCGGCGCAGGUCUGGGUCAUCUCCAAGGCCCCGAAUGAAAUCCAGAACUCCACCUCACCGCCGUUAUAGGUCUGGAUCUUCCCCCAGGCCUCGAAUGAAAUCUAGAACCCCUCCCCGAAGGCGCAGGUCUGGAUCAUCUCCGCGCCCGAGAGAAAAAUCUAGAACACCGCUUACAAGACGACGUCGAUCUGUGUCACCACUGAGCCCCAAACGGAAGUCUCAAACACCUCUGAGGCGUGGAAGAUCCAGAUCACGCUCCAGAGAUAAGUCAAACACCAGCAUGAAUCUACGUGGGUCUAAAUCAUCAUCCCACUGUGACAGAAGGAGAAGUUCCUUACGCCGGGGAAGAUCUCGCUCGCCCUCACAGAGGAGCCGCUCUCCUUCACUCUCCAGGCGACGAGACAAGUCUAGGGGGUUGCUGCGGCGAGAAAGGUCUGUUUCUUCCCCAGGGCGAAGUCAUUCACGGUCCCCAUCUCGCCAGGAUAAAUCUCACUUCAAGCGGAAGGGUGAGCGCUCUAUCAGCUCACCACGCAGGGAUAAUUCCCGAUCACCAGCACGAAGAGAGAUGUCAAGGCUCUCUCCUCAGCAGUCUUCUGCCAGCCGGAAUGCAUCCCGUUCACCUCCAAGGUUAGAUGCUUCACGUGCCACAGCAGCCUAUAAAAGCACCGGGUCCAGAGCAUCUCCUGAUUUUCAGACAUCUCCUGUGAGGAAGCAUUCCAGAUCAGGCUCCAGGGAAAUUUGCACUUCUCCAGCAAGGAAAUCCCGCUCCCCUCCUGUGCUGGAGAGAUACCCUAAAGCUGACAGCCAGGAGAAAUCAGCAGUCUCUUCCCUCUGGCACAGCAAAAGCAACGCUGCCAUUGCUCUGACUCCAAGUCCAGCUCAUGAGAACUCUCCCAAAUCCCAAAAGAUCCUUUCUCCUACACCAUCCAUGCUACGGGAGUCCCCUGCAGUUUUGAAGAAUGGUAGUUCCACCACUCUCAGAGACAACAUCCCAGGAGAUAAGGGUCAGACCGUACAGUCUGGUCUGUUUAAAGAUGAUCCAGCUGCUGGUGCUCCACAGUUGUCAGGGAGAAGCAGUUCUCAUGCAGGCUCCCCUUCUCUGUCCAAAGCUAGGUCGCCAUCCCCCGCCUCCUCCUCCUCUGCUUCCUCCAGUCCCUUGCCAGCCCUGGUUUCUGUUCUUGGCUCAGUCCCCAAAGAAGAGUCGGUUGCUAAAGCUAAUGUAAUAGAAAGGCCUGAAGGCCACCUCCCCAUGCUUGAGGCUGAGCCACAGUCAGCUUGUGAUGCCACAGAAGGGAAUUCCAAGGGCAGUUGUACCACAGUCCCAAAACCCUCUCCUCCCUGCCCACCACCCUCCUCCGUCCCCUCAAAGGCAAAGAGAAGUUCAUCUGCUUCUUCCACCUCUUCAUCGUCCUCCUCCUCAUCGUCCUCCUCCUCUUCAACUUCUGAUUCAGAAUCCAGCUCCUCUGAAUCAAGUCCUCAAGAUCAAGCAACAAAGGAAAUUGUGGCUGAAGUUGAACUGAAAAAGCCACCAAGCCCAGUGCUGAAGGAGAGUAACCAGGAUGAGAAGCCUCCAGAAGUGGGCAAGCGUAAACGCCAUUCCCGAAGCUCCAGCAGUUCCAGCAGUAGCUCAUCUUCCUCUUCGUCGUCGUCCUCCUCCUCUUCCUCCUCCUCCUCUUCAGCCUCUUCCUCUUCGUCGUCCUCGUCAUCCUCACCAUCACCUGCUAAGACUGGAUCCCAGGUGCCAGCCAAGGUGGCCCCCAAAAAGAAGCCCUCUCCUGAAAAGAAGAAGUCGCGCAGCCCCCGGAAACCUAUUGAUUCGCUGCGUGAUUCGCGUUCCCUCAGCUACUCCCCAGCAGAACGGCGCCGUGCUUCACCUCCAGUGCAUCCACCCCUGACUUCAAGGGACCGACGUAGGGACAGGUCCAGGGACAGGUCCACGCAGAGAAACAGACGAAGCAUCAGCAGGUCCCCAGGGCGGAAGCGGCGACGCAAAUCCCCCAGCCCCCGACCCCUCCGCCGCAGAACUUCAAGGUCCCCCUAAGCUUCUUGGAGAGUCUGGAAAGCCCUUGCCCAUGCAACCAUAGACUGCGCCAUCCAGCCUCCCUCAGUGCUGUCCCAGGUGGGAGCCCCCUACCUUCUGAUGCCCAUUGGAAACCAAUGUGUUUGCAUGGGAGGAGGGAGGAGGUUCUUCCUUUGCCAUUGGCUUUUUAUUCUCAUUAGUUCUUUUUCCUUCACUGUCCCCGUCUUGAUUGCCCAUCAUUUGUUGGCAGCUACAUUCCCCUCUUCCCUGGACAUUUCUGCUCAGCACCCACCAGGAUCCGCUGCCUCUGCGCUCCUCCUCCUCCUCCUCCUCCAACAGUUGGUGACGUUCAUUUGACCCCCCCUCCCCUCCUGUGAGCGUUUUUUCCUGUGCGUUUUACAGCUUAAAAAAAAUCUUUACUUCUGUGUUUUGAGAGAGGGGUCUUCUUUUCGUUGAUUUAGACAUAAAA